AUGAAAGUUUCUCAGACGACUCUCACUCAGAUGAUCUUCUAUAUUAACUCAUUUUCGGUUAGAAAUAAAGCUCCUAACUAUCUAAAUGAAGCACAAGAAAUGAAUACCUAGUUAAUCUCUCUACUACUCUCAUAGACCCACAUUAAAAAGAUUGAGAAAUGCUUCCACUUUUAAAAAACCUCAGUCGACUGGAAUCAAGGGUAGACCUCCUAAGCUACCUGUAGUUCAAAAAGAAAUGAGUAUAGAUUCCCAUUCUCAGAAUAAAUUUCAUCUUUUCGCAAGCAUGUUAUCACUCAUGGUGAACGCCAAUAUCUAUGCACUGUGAACGGUUGUGGUAAAAAGUUCUUGGACAAUUCUAAGCUUAAGAGGCAUUAACUUGUACAUACCGGCGAGAAACCUUAUAUUUGUGGCCUUUGCAAUAAAAAAUUUUCAUUGGAUUUCAAUCUCAAAACUCAUCUCAGGACUCACACAGGAGAGAAGCCUUAUGUUUGUAAUUACCCAGCUGAUCUUAAUAGUUAAUAAAGAGUAGGAGUUCAUAGUGAAGAACACUUUGAUGAAUUUCUAAUUAACAAGGACCAGGAAUAUUUGAGGGAAACUGAGAAUAAAACUUUCGCAAUAGUUUUUAAGCCAAGGCCAAAAUGUGUGGUCCACAAAAGUCUUCUUGAAUUGCUUAAAGAAAAUCAGUCAUAAAAAGAGAAAAAUGACAGUAGUAUUAACCUAAUAUCUUAAAAUCUGAAUGAUUUUAGAAAAGCAUCAGAGAUAUCUGAUGAUAGACACUAUUGUCAUUCUACAGCUCUGAUUGAUCACUCAGAGAAUAAUAUUCAUAGAAUGUCAGAUAUAGCACCAGAAAUUAUUAAGGAUAGAACCAUAUCUGCACAUAAUUGCUAAGAAUUACAGUACUAAUCAGAAUAACUUUCAGCUUAAAAAGAGUAAAAUCUCGAAAAUCCUUAAUAAAAUAAAUACCAAGAAUGA